UACGGAACACAAAUGACCACUGCUUAUAGUAUUCGCUCCCACACGGACACAUUUACCAUUCAUUAGCUACGUAGCGGCGAUGGCAGCUCUGAGGACGGCACUUCAUGGACGGUUCAUUCAAGCCAUCCCCUACUCUUUGGGGUCGUUGCGGUUUGCCAGCUCAUUCAAGGCCGCAGACCUCACUAUCGAGCGCAACACUGCGGGGAAGCCCAAGCCAGACCCCGCCUCCCUGGUGUUUGGCAAGCAGUUUUCAGACCACAUGCUGACMAUCUAUUGGUCAGAGAAAGAGGGCUGGAAGGUUCCCCAGAUCAAGCCCUUUCAGAACCUGUCGCUGCACCCUGCCACCUCUGCCCUGCACUACUCCAUAGAGCUGUUUGAGGGCAUGAAGGCGUUCAGAGGGGUGGACAACCACAUCCGUCUGUUCAGACCCAACCUGAACAUGGAGAGGAUGCACCGCACUGCAGACCGCAGCUGUCUCCCUUUAUUUGAUAAGGUGGAGCUGUUGGAGUGCAUCAGGAAGCUGGUGGAGGUGGACCAGGAGUGGGUCCCCUACUCCCUAGACGCCAGCCUCUACAUCAGACCCACCUUCAUUGGGAUUGAGCCUUCCCUGGGUGUGUCGAGGGCCAGCCAAGCCCUACUAUUUUGCAUCGUGGGUCCUGUAGGGCCCUACUUUACCACAGGGGCCUUCAGCCCAGUCGCUCUGCUGGCAGACCCAAGCUAUGUCAGGGCCUGGAGAGGGGGGGUCGGAGCCUACAAAAUGGGGGGUAACUAUGGGCCUACUAUAGCAGUGCAGAAUGAGGCUAUAAAGCAGGGCUGUCAGCAGGUCCUGUGGCUGUAUGGAGAACAGGAGGAGAUCACAGAGGUCGGCACUAUGAACCUCUUCAUCUACUGGACGAAUGAGGGAGGAGAGAGAGAGUUGCUGACUCCUCCUCUGGAUGGCAUCAUUCUCCCAGGAGUCACCAGACAGUCUCUGCUAGACCUGGCCAGAGAAUGGGGAGAGUUCAAAGUGACAGAGCGCACCAUGGGCAUGAAGGAGCUGCUCGGUGCUCUGGACUCAGGCAAGAUUACGGAGGUGUUUGGUGCCGGGACGGCCUGUGUCGUCUGUCCCGUCGGCAGCCUGCUCUACAAAGGGAAGACCUACCAAAUUCCUACAAUGCAGAAUGGUCCAGACCUGGCCAAGCGAUUCCACAAAGAGCUGACAGACAUGCAGUAUGGCCGGAAACAGAGUGAAUGGGCACCACUGGUCGUUUAAUUGGCAGCUUGCACAUGCCAAUCAUAUCGCGACCAGUCCCCCGCUCCAUCUUCAAGACCAGCAGCUUCAGCACAACCCAUAAUGCACUCCUUCUGAUAGGCUGGCUGACCGGCAGAGAUGAACAGGUCACGUCUGUUACUCUUGGUGUUCCUGCGGGGACUUGUAAAGGGAUAGGGUUAGUCUGUCAUUCAAAUGUUGCAACUUGCAUGGAAUACCGACAGUUACACAAUACUGUAUAAGUAAUGCUGUGAAACGGCCGCAGCUUCGGUUCAACCAACCUAGUCUGUAUUUCUGUAUUAGGAACAAAGUCAGUCUUUUUCCUAUGCAGUCCUUUAUCAUACUGUAGCACAGGUUACAGAAGAAAUCGUCCUCCAAGCUUUUUAAUAAACACUACAUGAGAUGGUCUAUAGGGUUGUCCAUGCUAUUAGGCACAAGCUGAUGUAUUGUUGUAAUAGUUUAAAUAUGCAAUACGCACAACUAUUGUAGGUGAUUACUGGUAUGUUAUAUUGGUCAUUUGCAAUAUGGGAAUAACUUUUUACAGGUACUUAAUAGGAACAAGUCUGUUAGACAUUUUCACUGGCUGACAUCAGGAAUGUGUUGACUGUACUGUUAUUGUUAAGUGACUGUAGGAACAGAUCAGAU